CGAAGUCACACAAAAUACGUUGACCCUUUCUCUCCAAACAGCGACUAUUAAAAUCAUUGGCGACAACCACAUUUAAAGGGAAUAAGUUGUGUACUUAAGAUAUUCGAGUAACUAUCGGAACGGACUUGCUUUCAACAGUCAACAAAAGAUGGAUGCAGUUCCAGGGAGAAUCGCGCCCGAGGCUACAGGGUCGUCCCAUGACCACACUUAUUGUCAGCCAUGUGCUGAGGAUGGGAAGAGAAUCCUUCCUGAUGCCUUUUGUACCGUUUGCAAUGAGUUUUUGUGUCACAGUUGCGCCCGGGUACACAGGAACAUGAAGCUGACCAAGAGCCACGUCCUUCAGGACAAGAGCAGUAUGCCUUCUUCAUUCCAUGCUGAUAGUGAGGAUGAUACGUUUACAGAGACAUGUCAGUUCCAUACUAAAGAUUUCAUAAAAUAUUACUGUCCCCAUCACGAGGCACUUCUAUGUGGAGAAUGUCUGGCUGACAAAACCCACCGCUCAUGUAUUAUUGAAAGGAUUUCUCAACUUGCUAAACGAUACGAGAAGGGUACAGAAUACAACAGCCUGAAAACAGGACUUGUCCAGGCGUCCAAUGACAUUGGCAAACUUUCACACGACGUACAAGCGAUCAUGAAAUCAGUUGAAGAAGAAAGCCUUACCAAUAUCAAUGAGCUUCGCAUUUUUAGGAAUGAAAUUUACCAGUACCUGGAUAAAAGGGAAAACGAACUCUUGGCAGAAAUUGAUGAGAAAAAAAGAACAUCCAAGACCUUUUUAAAUGAACUGAAAUCACAAUUCACGAACAUGAAAUCAUCCAUUGAGAAACUAAAGUCGGAGCUACAAGCACAGGACGACAACAUCACUCGGCUGUUAAUAGUAAGAAAGCGAGCUAUAAAAGAGCUGGCAGGUCUCCAGGCAGCCAUGGAAGAGGUGAGCAGGAGGAGUGAAGUUCCCCGAUGCAAGUUUCACAGGGACCCCUCAACUGAGCAGUUAAUGGCUUCUGAAAAAACAAUAGGACUGUUGGAAGAGGGCGGAUCAACGUCGGCGUCAGGGCAACAGCAACGACAACAGCAGACGAAGCAGGAACAUCGGCAACAUGAUACGAUGCAACAACACCAGAAACACAUGAAAGCCUUAUCACAAAAAGGCGAAUCAACUUCGGCGGUAGGGCAGCAAGAACGACAACAACAAAACGAGCAGCAGCCACGGCAACUAGAGACGAUGCAGCAACAACAAAAACACAUGCAAGGUGUAUCACAGAAAGCCCACUUCAGCAGCAAAGCAGAUCUAAGCCAGGCCAAGUUCAGCAGGCAGCCUGACAUUUCAGUGAAGACAUCAGGUGAUGGCAGUGACUGCUGGCUAACCAAUGUGACCCUCCUGACCGGGGACAGUCUCAUACUGGUAGAUCGCAAUAAUUGCUCAUUGAAGCUGGUGGACACCAAGAAUAACAAGCUGGUGAAACUGCCAUGUGUGCCGUGGGGCCUGUGUCUCCUGCCCGGGAACAGGGCAGCCGUCACUCUGCCUGGUUCGAAGAAGAUACAGUUCGUUUCUACGCAGGGAAAUGUCACGCUACAGGAUGUCGUUAAAGUAGAUGGACUAUGUUAUGGAAUUGAUUUUUGUGAUGACAACUUGAUAGUGUCCUUCACCUCCCCAGCUAAGGUUAUGUUGAUUGACAUGAAGGGAAAGGUGAAGAAGAGUGUGGACAAAAACAGCAGUGGAAAACCUUUGUUUCAGCAUUCGUUGUAUCUGACAGUGACCAGAGAGAGUCCAACUCCGGCCAUAUAUGUAUCAGACUCGGGCACCAACACCAUAACCAAACUGAGCAUCUCACUAGAGGUGCUCCAGUCAUACCAAGACCCGAUACUGAAAUACCCACGUGGUCUGGCAGCCAUUGGGGACAACCAGCUGCUCGUGUGUGGGAUGGACAGUGAAAACAUCCUGUUACUGGACACGCUCAACGGCAAGAUAACCCAACUACUGGGGAAGGAAGAGGGGAUAGAGUGUCCAUACAGUGUGGCUUACUGUCCACAGAGGAAGAUGAUGUUUGUCACCUGCAGUCCACCAAGUAUACCUGAAUUGGAGAAUUUCGUGAAAGUCUUCAAAGUUGCGUAACAAUUGCAUUAACUUUAACAUAAAUUGAUAUCAGUUUAAAAAUAUGUUAUGUGUCUUUAUGAAAAGGCAUAUGUUUUUUAGUGUUACUAAAAGAGUUAAUUCGGCAUAAAUUGUAUUAUAAUUUAAGGACCUUUCCUUUAAUCCUAAUCAAUGUGGAACAGAUAAAAUAAUUGUAAUAUGGUUAUCUUUGCUAUGCAAACAAAACAUUUUUGGUUACCUUCUAAAAUAUUCUUAAAUAUCAAUGCAUAUAUAUAGUUAUACGAGGGAUGAUCAAUAAUUACGUAGACUGGUCCCAUAAUUUGUUUCAUACUAGUUGCAACAUAUUAAAAUUUGUACCAUUUGAAAGAGGAAACAUUUUUCUAUUGACUGCCUUAAUUAGAAUAGCAUGAAUAGCCUAGUGCGAAAAAAUGAUAUUAUGCAACCAUAGAAACGCGCUACCGGCCCAGGUGAUGUUUUGUCGUACGUAUGCUGAAUUAAAAACUAAAAAUUUUAAUUAAAAUCCGCGUUUCUGUUUGACGAGGUUUUCGGGACGUCAUCUGAAAAUAUGACGUCAUUCGGCCGGUUCAUUUUGAAAUAAACAACAUCUGCUCUAUGACAGUCACGCAUGCUAUGAGUUUUAAUUUGACUUCACAAGAACGUACAAAAGUCAACAUUGGUGAAAACUCAAAUGAUUGAAAUGAAAGCCUCUUAAGAAAAUACGGUAUAAGCUAGUUCAUUAUUAUAGCGGUAGCAGAUAUAUCCAUCAUUGACAGAACAAAAGAAUAAACAACCGCAUCAAAAAUCACUGUCAAGGAUAAUAUGAAUGUAAAAAUUACCAACAUCUGACGCACAUGUUUAAAACGUGCUUCCUGGAUCAUACAUUCUUGCAUACCGGACGUGUGUUUCCGGUCAUGUGACCAGUGCUGGAAAAACCCAUCUUACAUACCCCAUGUAAGAUGAGUCACGCGCAACAACGCGCCACUUCUUAUUUCAUUUAUUGUAUGGUUUAUGAACAAUAUUUUAUGCCAUUUCAAUAAAGCGCAAUCAAAUAUAUAUGUUUGCAAGACUUUUAAUUAAAAUUGAACAUAAAUAAUCGUUAAAAAACGCUAUUUUUAGUUAUUCAAAAUUACUGCACUCUAUGACGUCGGUAAACAACGUCGCACGCGCUUUUUGGUGUAAUUGUACAAAAGUUCAUUUUCUACGUCAAUUUUCCCAC